AUGGCCGUUGGGAGGCAGUUUCUCUGGCUUCUGCGAGCACCUUCCCGUGUCAUGGCGCAGGGUCCGCUCCAGGGCGCGGUCCCCUCCAGGGGCAUGCACGCCAAGCGCGACCCCCGAAGGCUCUCCAUCGAAGGCAACAUCGCUGUGGGCAAGUCCACCUUUGUGAAGUUACUCGUGAACACUUACCCAGAGUGGCACGUAGCUACAGAGCCUGUAGCGACAUGGCAGGAUGUCCAGUCUGCUGGCCCCCAAAAAGGCUCUGCUCCCCAAAGCCUUGGAAACUUGCUGGACAUGAUGUACCGGGAUCCAGCACGAUGGGCCUAUACCUUCCAGACCUUUUCCUUCAUGAGCCGCCUGAAAGUCCAGCUGGAGUCCUGCUCGGAGAAGCCCGAUGAGGCCGGGGGCCUGGUGCAGGUGUUUGAGAGGUCCGUGUACAGUGACAGGUAUAUCUUCGCAAAGAACCUUUUUGAAAACGGCUCCCUCAGUGACAUCGAAUGGCACAUCUAUCAGUACUGGCACACAUUUCUCAUGCAGGAGUUUGCCAGCCGGCUAAGAUUACAUGGCUUCAUCUACCUCCAGGCCACUCCCCAGGUCUGUUUGAAGAGGCUGCACCAGAGGGCCAGGGCAGAAGAGAAGGGGAUUGAGCUGGCUUACCUCGAGCAGCUGCACGACCAGCAUGAGGCCUGGCUUGUUCGCAAGACAACCAAGGUCCACUCAAAAGCCCUGCAGAGCACUCCAUUGCUGGUGCUGGACGUCAAUGACGACUUUUCAGAAGGAGGAGCCAAGCAAGAGGAACUCAUGAGCAAGGGUCGGAGUCCACCCAGCCCAGAGGCCCCACACAAGAAAGGCCUGGUGAACCGCUGUCAAAAAAUCAGCCACUGACCACCUUCUGGAGCUCAGUUGUAUGUGAGCGAGCACACACGUGCCUUCAGUCAGUGUUGGCUCCACAGCAGCUGGUGUUGAUGGUGUGAGGAUAAGAGGCCAUACAGGCCAUCUUCUGGGUACAGAGUAGUGGCAGCCUGCUCUGGGAAGGACAAUUACAGUUCAGCUGAGCCUUGAAGGGUGCGGCGAAUAUCUGGGGUGGCAGAGAGGGCAGGACACUCUGGGCAGGUGAGCUCCAUGGGCCAAGGAAGGACAAUGCCUGAUGUGAGAGGCCAGAGGGGGUGAGAACUUGCCCCUCAGUGUCGUGCAAGGCUAACGGACUGUCAGAGGGCUGCCUACCCACCAACAAAGUGUCUUGGCUCAAAUGGCAUCCAAGCUGGGCAUGAAAUGAUAGUAGAAUUUUGGGAAUAAGAGUUGUAGCCAUGUUGGCUUUGGAGAAAACACCUGAGCCAAGUGUCCCAGGGGAACAUGACCACAAGGCUAUAACAAUGAGGGAAACAAAAUUUUAUUCGGCAUACGUGGGAAAAAGAAGAGAGAUGUGGGAAAUGAGCUGACACCCCAGCAAAGCUAUGUCUGAAGAACAAUACAGCACGUACAGUGGAUACACCAAGUGAGGGUUGGCCCUUCCACAGACAAACUCAAUGUUCACAGUAGCUUUUCCUUGUGGACAAAAGGUGGAUAGCUUCCUUCUAUCUACCAGUCUUUAGCUCUAACAAAGAUUCCCAUAAGCCCAGUCUUCCUUAUUUUUUGUCUGCUUCAAUCAAUCUAUCUUCCUACUUCUCCUUGCCUUCCCAGAUUGAUUCCCUCUCAAGGUGUUUCACCUUGGCAGUUAGGUCGGUGUCAGUUCUUUGAUUGGCAUUAAAGCUCAAGCUCACUGAUUUGUAGCAGCCCUGUGGGACAGGGUAGAAUUGGCCCUGCACGUAUCCACAACUGUAGCUUUCCAGGAGUAGAAAGCCCUGUCUUUCUCCCAGGGAGCAGCUGCUAACCCUGCUGAUCACAGACGGCCCAGUGAGAAACCACCAGGGCUCCCUGGCAAGAUGGCAUCAGGACAGUUUUCCAGUGUAGGAUCAGAAAUCAGCUCUGACUACACGCCAAAUGCCUUUGGUUUCAGACACUAAUUCAAAAGGCAGGUACCCUGUGUGUCUUGGGGAAAGAAAGCCGUGGAGCGAUGUUUUCCAGUGUCCAGGGCCCUCCUUUCUGUGAGGAAAAGACAAGACAGCCCUUCAUGCAUGUUGUCUCCGCAGGCCUGUCUGGAUAGGACAGGCUGGAUGAACAAUCUUCUCUGCUCCUUUUCUUUUCUGAUGGCUCUGCUUUACUCCGGUCAUCGAUGGGAUCAUCGUGAGCAACAAACUCGGCUCCAGUUUUGUCCAUUUCUUUUUCUCUUAAGGUCAUCCUUCCACAUGUUGUAGAUGUUGAGUGACGUGUGGUCGGUGCUGGUGGUUUAGAUGGAGGCUCAUCAUCAGUGUUAGAUUUCUCAGAAAGUUUUUGGCUCACAGGCCAAGAAUGCAAACCUGAAAACUCUGACCCGGAUGUGUGUACAUCCAGGAGUACUAAGUCAUUAUUAAGAGUCUUCAAAUAUAGGCUAUUUAUAGGACAAUCUCAGCUAGGCUUGAUGGUCCUCAUGGAGGGGGCUUAGCCGUCAGAGAAGAAGCCGCUGCUUCGUCCUCCUUGGCCACCUUCUCCAGCCACCCUCCGUUUCUUACUGUUCUUAACUGCUUCUCUUCUGCAUGAGGCCAGGCCAGAAUGGCUGCAUCUAGAAGGUGCCUCCAAGGGGUCCUGGGCAGCCAGGGAGCCUGGCAGAGAGCUGGGGGAGCAGACCCCGCAUUCCAGGCAGUUUCCUUCCUGCCUGGUGGCUGGCAGGGAGCCCUAAACUUGACCUCAAAUGACCUAUGUGUUCCCUUCCUGGGGAGGCUUCCAUUGCCAAGAGCAGUUGAGAGCUGCUUUUUUUCUCCUUCCAAGCAGGAACUUUUUCUCGGCUCAGUCAAGCUUCUGUUGCCCUCAAAGUCUCCUUUCCCGGAGCUGGACCUCCCUCCUCACUGCCUGGAGCAGGCAGACUGGAGCCUUAAGCUAGCAGUCUUUCCCCCUCCCCAGCCUCAUUGUUCUCAGAAGCCACUGACUUUGAAGGUGCUAGAUCAUUUUAUAGAUAAGAAAGUCAAUUACCACUUGGAGGAUCUGGGGAAAUGCUUUCCCAAGGUCACUGGAUGACAGCCAAGUCCAGUGGGAAAGCCCAGGUACCUGACUCUUGUCAGUGGGUGCUAGCUGGCCUGGACUGUGAGCCACCUAGCCUAUCUCCAGUCUAUCAAACUCUAGAUGUGAGCAGCUCAGCUAAUUUAAGUCUGGGCUAAUUGUCAGUGCCUCGGAAUCCUUGUGUGAAAAAGGCUCAGGCACCUUCCUUGGAUUGGGAAAGAUCGUUCCAGGUGUUAAGAUUGACCAAUGGCACUGAUUACUGGAGCUGUGGCGGCACAUUGGGCAAGGCUGGCGAUUCAAACCUACCAGCUGCUCCACCAGAGAAAGAGGAAGCUGCCUGCUCCUGUACCAAUGUAGCUUGGGAAAGAAAUCCGGUGACUCAGAACUGGCAUGGGCAGGGGGCUUGGCUUUUGGUUUUAGGAAAGUAGACCCAGAUUUAGCCUUGUUGUAAGAGUGGGUUAGGACUCAUCGCAACCUAAUGUACAACAAAACACUUUGUUCUUAGGUUUGAGCCCAUUGUUGCAAGCACUGUGUCCACGGUCUUUCUCUUUUUCGCAGCUCUUCUAGUUUACCAACCUUGAUGUCCUUCUCCAGGGACUGGUCUCUCCUGACAUGUCCAAAUUACAUGAGAUGAAGUCUCA